AUGGCUUUGAGAAGAAUUAACAGGGAGCAUAGGGACCUGCAAAGGGAUCCUCCAGUGUCAUGCAGUGCCGGCCCUGUGGGAGAUGAUAUGUACCAUUGGCAAGCAACUAUUAUGGGUCCGACAGAUAGCCCAUUCGCCGGAGGUGUAUUUCUUGUUUCCAUUCACUUCCCACCGGAUUACCCCUUCAAGCCACCAAAGGUUUCUUUUAGCACCAAGGUUUAUCACCCGAAUAUCAACAGUAAUGGCAGCAUCUGUCUUGACAUUCUGAAAGAACAGUGGAGCCCUGCACUCACCAUUUCCAAGGUUCUUCUGUCGAUAUGCUCAUUGCUGACGGAUCCAAACCCUGAUGAUCCUCUGGUUCCUGAAAUAGCUCACAUGUACAAGACAGAGCGAUCCAAGUAUGAGUCCACUGCCCGAUCCUGGACCCAGAAGUAUGCAAUGGGAUGA